GUUCAUCGUUUAUUUCUGCAGGAACAGUUUGUAGUAAGGACUUUACCCCUGAACUUGGAUACAUAUAAAAGUAUUAGUCUCUGCAGUACGUUAGAUUGUAGGCCAUAUAUAUCCCCAACAGCACAAACUCGACGGCUUUCACGAAACUACUGCUAUAUUCCAUUCGGUUCGCAUUUAUGAACUACGCUACUACAUUUCUACGUACUCUGGCUGUUCGGCGUAAGUUACAAACUCUUAGCAUGUCUUCGGCGGUUCAUGAAAACGUGAAGAAUUAUUAUGGCUCUCGGCUGGAGACUUCAGAUGACUUACAGACCAACGCUGCGUGUUCCAUGCCCUCCAGACCUCUGCUCAAAAGUGCAUGUGAGGCCCUGAAACAAGUCCACCCAGAUGUUUGCAAGAGGUAUUUUGGCUGUGGGCUGGUGAUUCCAGAGAAGCUGGAAGGAUGUGCAGUUCUUGAUUUGGGCAGUGGAUCAGGCAGAGACUGCUACGUCCUCAGCAAGCUGGUGGGGGAGAGAGGUCAAGUCACUGGGCUGGAUAUGACUGAUGAGAUGAUAGUUGCCUCGCAAAAAUAUGUCCAGUACCAUCAGGAGAAGUUUGGAUACUCAAAACCAAACACGGUGUUUGUAAAAGGAUACAUGGAGAAGCUCAGUGAUGCAGGGAUACAGAACAACUCUUUGGAUGUAGUUGUGUCAAAUUGUGUGAUAUGUCUGUGCCCAGAUAAGAGGACUGUGAUAAGUGAAGCUUACAAAGUUCUGAAGGAGGGUGGAGAGUUGUACUAUAGUGACAUGUAUGCAAGCAAAGUAGUUCCAGACUCUUUCAAAGAAGAUCCAGUUCUGUGGGGUGAGGGAAUGGCCGGCGCCCUCUACUGGCAGGAUCUCAUCACUCUGAUGAAGGACAUAGGCUUCAGCACUCCACACCUGGUUGCAGGCAGUCACAUUGUGGUUCACAACCCAGAACUUCAAAGAAAGACUGGUGAUGUGAAAUAUGCAUCUGGAACUUACCGGAUCUUUAAACUACCUCAAAGCUCCAUCAAGACCAAAGCACUCGUGACCUACAAAGGCACCGUGCCUGACUGUGCUGAAUGUUUUGAGUUUGAUGCCUCUCAUUCCUUUAAGACCAGUGUCCCAGUGGAGGUGGGUGCAGAGAUGGCUGCUAUCCUCCAGAAAACCCGUUUUUCUACUGACUUCAAUAUUUCAAUCUUAGACACUCCAGAUCCAAAGCAGAGCAGUACUCCACAGUAUUGCCACCUUAGCCCGUUCCUUCUUGCUGAUAAACUGGGCUCCUCAGUCAAACAGUGCUCGAAGACCGGACACUAAGCUGGAUAUAUAAAAACAAUCACUGCUCUGGUGUCAUUUCCUUGAUGCAUGUUUACCAAGAAGAAAACAGUGUCAGUGAUGUACAUUCUUGCGAUGACAUACUGUAUGAAACAUGAUAUGUAGUAUAACAUUUCUGUAAAAGAAUAUUUUUAUUGUGCAUAAUUUCAAGCUGUAAUUUUGCACAAAAAGUGUGAACAUUUAAUCCUCUAUAUAUAUAUAUGUACUGUAUAUAUGUUUAAAAUGUAAUGUCCACCAUGGGUUUAUUUAAAAUACUUCAUUUGAAAUGCAGUGGAAAUUACAUUUUAGAAACAAAAAAUACAACAUUGUUGGACAGAUUUAAAAAAAAAUCAUAUAAAUUUAAAGCAAGUUUAUUUUUUGUAUCAGAAAUGCCCAGUAGUUGAAGAAAUACGCUACAUUUAUAAGCAACAUGACAUUUAUGCAUAUUAUUAGAAGAUAUAGAAUUUACUUCACUUUUUGAUUUCCCUUAAUCCUAAAAAUCAUGUGAUAUUUUCCAUGGCAGGAUGUAGACAGAUCAGUCACUUUCCCUGAAGUCUCUUGAGAAAGCUUUGCCAGUAAUAGGAAUUUCAUCAUACUUUUUUCCUGUAAUACCUUGUAUUACAAAGCCAGCUUUAAAUGCAUGAGUAAGAUGAAAUUGAAUUAUGUGUAAUCUCAGUGUACUUGUCUACUGGUUUAUAUAGCCUGUAAGUUUGCCCGUUGGUUUAACUAGGAAAAGGUCCUGAUUUAAGAAUAUCAUUGGACUGUAGGUGGCGCCAAAAUCCCCAGCGUGUUCUCAAUGUAACUCUUCUUGCUAUGUCAUUGUAUUUUUAUGGUUUUGCAGCUUGCAUUGCAGAACCAAUAUGAUUAGACAAUGAUAACGACAUAACGCAGUCAUAAUUCAGUAAAAUGAACAGGCAAAUUACCUGCACAACAAUUCAUUCCAAGAAAUCAAUGAGCAUUUUCUGAAUCUCAUUUAUAGUAAUUUACUCCGAGACUUAAUUUGCUAAUAAAAGAAUAAAGAAAAAUGGUCAUAAUGAUGCAAAUUAUUCUUUUGGAGAAGUCUGAUCCAUGCAUUAUAAACCGGGCCGUGUUGUAUUAAGAAUUGCACAUUACAAAUUGAGUGUGCAAGAGUUUAUUUCACUUGGAUUCUUAGACAUUUAUCUCUAGAAAAUGCUUAUUUUGGACUCUCCUGUCGAACUAUUGGACUCCUCUGGCUCUGGGAGGGAGUGCUGUGAUAUUCUGAGCUGUGCGGAGGAAGCAGGUGUGGUGUAAAUGUAAACACAGUACUGAGGAACGGCUCUCAUUGUCCUGGUUUCACCUCUGCUAAAGUGCUGGUCUUCUACCGCAUGCCCAGAAUGUAUCCCAUUACUCUCAGCCACUUAAUGCUUGACAAUAUCCAGAGCUAAAAAGCCUCUACUGUCAAGAGACACUGUGAAUGGAAGAGUAAGCUUCAGUGAAUAAGACCACACACUGAUUCCAGUAUGAAGCUCAUCUUCUGAGCUUGUUCAUGUAUCAUGUAUCAAUGACAUAAGCUGGCGUAUUGUACCAGAGGAUAGAGAAAUAGGAUCUGUGCCAAUUGUGUUUUCAAAAGUGAAUCUUACAUCAAUGAACAACGUCCUUUACAGAUGAAGGACCCUGUGAUUUAAAAAUUAUUAUUUUUUGUGGAUGCUGGUCCUAGUCAUACUAGCCUUAAAUUCACAACUGUUCAAAAACAUAUUGAUGUUACAUAUAUUGUACAUUACAACACAU